UUAAGCGGGUAGUAGUGUUACUUUGCCGUGGAGGCGAAGCGAGAGAGAGAGAAAUAGGGAUAAAUAAAAAUUAUUUCUUUAUUUUAAAACCCAACCAAAAGAAGGGUAAAUGCUUUUUGUUCCACACAGAGAGCUUUUUAGUUUUUUAGAGAGAGAAAGCUUUUAUGUAUCUUUCCCCUUUUCAAUGGCGCCCACUGAAAACCUCUUCUCGUAUCUGACUCUGACUAAGGAUUUUUAAAUUCUUGAGAAGAAGCACAAUUUCUAAGAGGUAGAAAUCCGAAGACGAUUCCAGGAAUAUACAUAUAAUUAACACAGAGAGGGUGGGUAGGGGUGAAGAGAGAGUAUUCAAGUUGUCACGGUUGGAUUUGACGAUGAACUGGCGAAGAGUAUUGAAGUCUGUGCAGGCUCUAGCUGCCCACAUGCUCCUCUUCUCCUUCACGGUUAUGCUCGUUCUCAAGCUCGAUCAUGUUGUCUCCUACUCUUGGUGGAUGAUUUUCUUUCCAAUUUGGAUAUUCCAUGCAGUUGUUGCACGGGGAAGGUUCUCAUUGCCUGCUCCAUCAGUUCCACAUAAUCGUCAUUGGGCACCUUGUCAUGCUGUUGUUGCAACACCAUUGCUAGUUGCAUUUGAAUUACUCCUUUGUAUAUACCUUGAGAGCAUUCAUGUGAAUGAUUCAGCAGCUGUUAAUUUGAAGAUUGUUUUUCUACCCUUACUGGCAUUUGAGAUAAUUAUUCUAAUUGAUAAUUUCAGAAUGUGUCGGGCUUUAAUGCCAGGAGAUGAUGAAAGCAUGAGUGAUGAAGCAGUAUGGGAGACACUUCCUCACUUCUGGGUUGCGAUUUCCAUGGUGUUCUUUGUUGCUGCUACAGUCUUCACCUUGCUAAAGCUUUCCGGGGAUGUAGGUGCUCUUGGCUGGUGGGACUUAUUCAUAAAUUUUGGAAUUGCAGAGUGCUUUGCUUUUCUUGUCUGUACUAAGUGGUCGAAUCCAGUGAUUCAUAGAAAUUCACAGACAAGAGAAUCAAGUUCAUCUUCUUCAUCUAUUAGAUAUCUUGACUGGAACAGUGGAUUAGUAGUUUCUUCAGAGGAGGAUCAGGAUCAGGAUACAUUAUGUGGACUACAAGAUAUUGGUGGGCACAUUAUGAAAAUUCCUGUAAUUGGUUUUCAGGUCCUCCUAUGUAUGCGGCUUGAGGGGACCCCAUCUACGGCAAGGAAAAUACCACUCCCUAUUCUCUUCUCUCCUCUGUUUUUACUUCAAGGUGUGGGUGUACUAGCUGCUGCAUCUAGGCUAGUGGAGAAAAUUGUACUCUUACUACGUACUGGAGCUAGCACAGGAGCAUACUUUAGAUUUUCUUCUAGAGCUCAUGAUUGCUUGGGGUUCUUGCACCACGGUUCAAGGCUUCUUGGCUGGUGGUCGAUUGAUGAAGGUAGUUGUGAAGAGCAGGCUCGGCUGUAUCAGGAGAGUGCUUCUGGGUACGAUACUUUCAGUGGCUAUCCACCUGAGAUUGUGAAAAAAAUGCCUAAAAAGGAUUUAGCUGAGGAGGUCUGGAGACUUCAAGCAGCCCUGGGGGAACAGACAGAAAUCACUAAAUACAGCCAACAAGAGUUCGAAAGACUCCAAAAUGAAAAAGUUUUAUGCAGGAUUUGCUUCGAGAGAGAAAUCAGUGUGGUCCUGCUGCCAUGCAGGCAUCGCGUUCUUUGCAGUACUUGCUGCGAGAAGUGCAAAAAAUGUCCAAUAUGCCGCAUUUCUGUCGAGCAACGAUUACCUGUAUAUGAUGUUUAACUUGGCUUCUUCUGUGAGAUUAGGAAUUGGUGCUUACAGAGAAGUUGGUAACCUUACAUAGAACAGGUUUUCGUACAGUUUCUUUGAACUUCUACAGUGGUGAGUAAUGCUUAUCCUAUUGGCCACAGAUGGAAGGUAAUUUGACAAUGACAGAAUUUGCUAAAUUUUGUCAACUUUUGCAAUCUUAAUCUAGUAAUCUGUAAAUAUACUGACCCUUAUACGAAAGUAAUAUUAUAGCUGGUAUUGCUAGCCUUUUUCAUAUAUUAUUUAUAUAAAUAUACUUUCUCCAGGUUUAUAUAUAAGACAUAAUUGCCUCACCAAAAA